UGCGGGUAAUCUGAGGUCGCAAUUUUCAAGUGUCCUGCCUUUUCAAUGUGCUGCCUCGCUUUAUCUCCUUGUGAAUUAUACUUUCCCGGCUUCCCGCCGAAAAAAUGAAACUCAAACAUGGCCGAUAGUUCAAAAAAUUCAUCUCUGGUUCUCCGACACUGUAAAUACGGCAAACAAUGCUACAGAAAGAACAAAAGUCAUUUUAAAGAAUUUUUCCAUGUAGAAAAAACUGGAGAGCAGAACGAUGCCAGCUGCGAUGCGCCCUCGGAACCAUUGAGCAAGAAAAGGAAAGUCACAACAUCACCCGAAAAUGAUGGUAAAGAAUCUUACACCCAAGAAAACUCUAAACAUGAUUUUAUCAAAGAAAAAUUUGGUAUAAAUAUGCCUCAGGAUUUCUAUGAUCUUUGGGAACUCUGUAAAGAAUGGAAUCCACACAAACCUCAAGAUGCACUCAAGGACGUAAAUCUUGAACUGGUUGGUCCCUAUGAUGUAUUGAUGGACAGGAAAUUCAAAACAAGGGAUGAAAACGAAGGACUUUGUCUCCACUACAGAUAUUUCUAUGACCCUCCUGAAUUUGUUACAGUUUUGAAAGGUGAUGACUCUCUUGGGUUUCAUAUUGGCUACUAUUGUGAUCAUCCAGGUGAUAAACCAGUCUUGUUAGCUUCCAAUGAGGCAAAAAAGAGUUACGAGUUCAAAGUUCUUGGUGAUAACAUAUUUGCUGCUAUAAGCAAUAGUAUUAAAACUGCAAGCAAAGCAAGAGGCAAAAAGAAAGCAGCGGAUAUACAAGCAAAAAUUAAAUUCAAAGCUCAAGAAAGAAAUUUGAAUUUGGACAAAAAUACUUUGCCCAUGAAGGCUAGGAAUAGUAAAGUUGGCAAAACAUUUCAUAAGAUGGGAAUUGUGGUCCCGGUUGAUGACAUGGGAGUUGGCUAUCGAGAUCUCCAAAUUUCAAAUGCUGAAUUGAAAUCAAUGUUGACCAACAUUGUUGAUGGAAACAGACGUGAGUCACUUUUAGAUGAAUUGCAAGAUAUUAUCACUAUUCAAUUUGCCAAUGAUGAGUGUGAUUAUGGAAUGGGUCUAGAACUGGGCUUGGAUCUCUUUUUGUUUGGUCAUGAAUUAUUUGAGAGAAAAGCCUCGAUGUUAUUGACAUUGGCCUAUGAAUUACUUGGCAAGUCAUUCUUUGGAAAUUGUGCCGAAGAGCACAUCAAAAAACGCAACAAAAGUACAUUGUAUAUAAAUUUAGCACAGUCUUGUUGACUUACCAGUCAGAAAUUUGAGUUUGGGCCAAAUAAUACUCGUGACAUGUUUAUGGCUAUUCAUUCAAAAUUGGUAGUUGUUGUCUCAAGGCAUUCUACAACAUACACUUAGUGGUACAUUCAAUUCAUAUUUUCUUCAGAUACACAAUGAUGUGCACAAAGGCAGAUUGUAUUUAAAAAUGCUGAUAAUGACCAGUAAAACUAACCUAAUUUGCUUUACACAUCUACAUCAUGAUGUGUUUACAUAGAAUGGAUUUAUCAAAUCAUUCACGCAAUUUACAUUAGGUAACAUCAACUUUUGAUUUUGUUCAAAUUAAUCUUCAAAGAAAAUGUAAUACUGCUCGUUUCAUUCGACCUUCUUAAGCAAUGUACACCAAUAACAAAUAUAUUAAUUUUACAAGAAUCUAAGAACUACAGAUAGGUAUGAAAUUUAAUAAAAAAGAUAUUUAAAUGUG